GCAGCUUUCUUGGAAGAUGUGAAAUUGAUUGUUCUGAAGACAUUCAACAACUUGUAAAUUUCAGCAUUGACCAUGUUCAUAUUAUUUUGUCUGAAGUGGGUCUUAAGCCGUGCAUUGCACUUGCUAAAUACAAUGACUACCGAAUAUGCAUGAGUCAUUUUAACUUUUAUUUAAAAUUAAAUACAAAGAGGUCAAGAAGGAAGCUAUGUCAAAUUCCGAGUCUUCUUAGCUCCCACCCACAUAUUGACAACACCAGUGAAGAUGGACUUAGAUCCCUUCCAAGUAGAACACAUAUGAAAUGUGCUAGCAGGGGUUUGAAGGAUAGUGACAUCCUUCAUUUGAUUGGACAAGCUGGUAUAACACUACCUGUUAAUACACCAUGCUGUACCAUGUGUUUAAAGAAAAUAAGAGAACAUGAAGAAGGGGAAGAUCAUUUGUUCAACAUGGAGUGUUCAGCAUCAGACAAGGACAAGACAGAAGCUGAGGCCAUUAAAAUGGAAGAGUGUUCAGAAACAAGGGAACAACCAAGUGACAAGGAUCCCUUAUUCCAUUCAGGAAGUAAAGAGACAUCCGAAACAAACUCAAGCCAGAGUUUUACAUUAAGUCAUGACAUUCAGCACCUGAAUGAGUAUCUGAAGAAAAUUGGUGAAAGAGAGUUUUCAGAGGAUAGGAAAUACCAGUGGGACUCCUACACUAAGUCAGCUAAAUCAUACUACAUCAAGCGAUUUAGAAAUAUAAUGUCAAAGUUGAUCGCUGUUAUUUUCCCAAAGAACAUUGAGGAAAUAGUGAAGAGUCUUACAGUAUCUGAAGAAAAUCCAAAAGUCUCGUCCAGUAUUAUACAUGAGGGAAGUUUUGGACCACUUAUUCAUGCAUAUCAAACUUCAGAAACAUGGCGCCACAGACGGCAAAUUCUUUCUUUUUUUACGCAAACACUAUCAUUCAAAGAGGCCAAAUCCCUUUUACCGAAUAUGACAGAAUCGAUGUAUUAUGCUGCAAAGAAUCAUGCAAAGAAUGUUGGCCCUGGUCUUCCUGUAAAUACCACUUCUACAAGAAAAAGAAUGGAUCCAGUGAAGUUGGACAAUUUCCUUGAUUUUAUCACUUCCCCUCAUGUUAUUCGUGAUCUACCAUAUGGAGAAAGAAAAAUCAAAUUGUCGGAUGGAACAACUUAUGAAAUGCCAAAUGUGAUUCGGUGCAUGGGAUCCAGUGAUGUUAUUCAACAGUAUAAAGCAUACUGCUCUGAGAAUAACAUUUCACCUCUUGGUGACAGCACAAUGUAUAGAAUACUAUCUGAGUGUGGAGCACAAAUAAGAACCAGUCUUGAGGGUGUUGACUACUUUAUUGCUGAGGGAGGUCGUGCAUUCCAUACCAUUUUGGACACUUUGGAGGAACUCCUUAAGUUUCAGUUUUUAAACCAACAGGAGAAAAAAGACUUCUAUACCCUAUUUCUCCAAUGUAAACAGUAUCUACAUGCAGAUUUCAAGACACACAUCUCCCCAGACAGCAAAGUAGCAGAUCAUUGCCAGACCUAUGCCCUCAGUGAUCCACUUCAUCCUGAAUUUGCUGCCGCCUGCCAACAUCCACAUGAUCUGGUUUGUGUGACCUGUGAGCAAAUGAAGGAUGCAAUUUCUUCUUUGAUGAAGACUAUCCAGUGCUCCAGCAACCAUGGCCUGACUGAUUUUCUUAGUGAUUUACACUUCAAACUCCAAAAUGCCACUCGAAGUAUCACAAACCUGAAACGCCGUCUUAUUCGGUGCAGAAACCAGGAUGCAGCAAAAUCUGAUCUGUUUAACACAAUGCAAUCCAAUGAAGUGCUUUUGAUAUGUGACUGGUCAAUGAAAUAUUUACCAAGAAAGUAUAGAGAAGAUCAGAGUGAUUGGUUCGGGAAGCGUGGUUUACCAUGGCAUAUUACUGUGGCUUUCCACAAGAUGGAGACUAGUGUUGAGAGCUUAGGCUUUGUGCACAUCUUCCAGAGUCAAAUAUCACAGGACAGCAUGACUACUGCAGCCAUCAUCAUUGAUGUAAUGGAAAAUAUUCAGUCUAUUGAUGCAUCGAUUUCCUCUUUUCAUGUCUGA